AUGCGUCGUGGACAGCCUCGCAACCCGUCCGACAGGGACCAGUCAGACCCGUUCGUUAGUCUUUUAUCCCCAUCAGCGACUCAUCAACUCUGUCGUCCUCGUCCGAGUCCCGAACAGUCACUCUCCAGGCCAUGCGGCUUGGGCCACGGUCUUUGGCGAGGCGAGUCAAAUCAUGCCCGACGAGAGAUCCUCUUCUCGAAGGCCUCCUCAACGCGCAGCCUCGGUCUGUCCAACUCUCGCGAUCUCUCCGGGCCUCGGCAUGCUCUUCACAGUCCCCACAAACGAGCCGUUCCCUCGACGUGGGAGUCAACGCUUGUGGCUAGAACGGUUGUCAUGUCUUCGUCGUCGCCUUGCCUACGGCAAGUCACCAAGCGACUAGUUCUGCGGGCAGCUUCGAGUCGCGAUCCCGUUGUCUGGCGAGUCUCGACAACCGGUCUCGGCGCUGGCGGCCUUCGCAUGUCCAUUGUCCCCUUUCGUCAAUGGGCUCCACGACUGGACGCCCCCCCAUUGACGCUCUGCUCCGCGACUCCGACUCAUACCACCUCAUUUGGAUCGCCGAGGGCCAAGCGUAUGCGUGUUGUCAUAGCUUCAGAAGAUCCAAGCGGCGGGCCAAAAGGAGAGAGCCAGCAGGAGGAGGAGAAGGGCAGCACACACACACACACACACAUACACACGCACACGCAGGGAGCUGGGCUGAUCUGA